AGAAAAGGGAGGAAAAAAACCUCUACUGUUCAAGUAUGAGGAGACAAAAACAUUGAGGAAAUAUUUAUCAGAUUAUUAUUUAAAAGUUUAAGCUUUCACAAUGGCCAUAAGGGAGCUCAAAGUCUGCCUUUUAGGGGAUACUGGAGUUGGGAAAUCCAGCAUUGUGUGCCGUUUUGUUCAGGAUCAUUUCGACCACAACAUAAGUCCCACGAUAGGAGCAUCAUUCCUGACUAAGACUGUGCCAUGUGGAAAUGAGCUACACAAAUUUCUGAUCUGGGAUACAGCAGGGCAGGAAAGGUUUCAUUCGUUAGCUCCUAUGUAUUAUCGAGGAUCAGCUGCUGCUGUCAUCGUGUACGACAUUACUAAACUGGAUUCAUUCCAGACACUGAAGAAGUGGGUAAAGGAGCUGAAAGAACACGGACCAGAGGACAUUGUUGUAGCCAUAGCAGGGAACAAAAAUGAUUUAGGAGAUAUCAGGGAAGUGCCAAUGAAGGAGGCGAAGGAGUUUGCUGAAUCAAUUGCAGCUAUUUUCAUUGAAACUAGUGCCAGAAAUGCAGUCAAUGUUGAUGAACUCUUUCAAAAAAUCAGUAAACAGAUUCCGCCCCUGGAAAACCCAGAGGUGGAAAGCAAUGAGUCCUUCAAACUUACCGGGCAACCGCCCCCGUCCGCAAGGCGAUGCUGCUAGCACCCGCACAACCUGACGACAGUAGAUCCUUCAGCACCAGGGUCCCGCUUUGUGUGAUCACGCCUGCACAGCACACAGCUUCUUCCUCCUCAGAAAGCCUGGAGACGGCGGACAGAUGAAGGUCAGCUUGAGUCUGUAGUCAAACGUAACAUUAAAUGGACAGACCAGGCGCCGAUAUUUAAUAACGUCACUACAGCAGCUUUCCGCCCGUUUGCUUUAUUGAAAGGAGGUUAAGACACGGAAUGAAGUUUGUCUCCCUCUAGUGGUAUUUCUUUGACUUUGUGGUGUGGUAGCUCAGGCAUUUGUUUAUCUUGUUAGAUUUUUUUUUCUUUUUUUUUUAAUUUUGUUGGUAAAAUAGCAGUCUCAUUGUGCAGAGUAACUUUGAUAUCAGGCACAUCAUCUCUCGGGAAUCUAACGGACGGACUUUAAUAUAACCUUGUUGUGGGUGAGUAGGACUCUGGCUCCUCUACGAUACAAGUUGACUUAAUUUUUUUUUUUAAGCAUUCUUUUUUAAUUCAGGUCUCGUGUUUCCUCUGGGAGUCUUUACGGUCAUGUAUGAAUUAGCGCACACCUGCGUUGAAUUUAAUUGGAGCAGUUGAAUAUGGAGUUGGAGGCCGACCUGACGUUCGGUUUGUAGCUGGGAUACAGCUGUCAUAUAUUCCACUUCAUGUGUUUUUAGGCACACUUGCUGUUUAAGGUUUAACUGUAAUGUUGUGGACUGAACAGUAGAAAAACCUGAAGCAUAAUUGCAGUAUUACACCCCCUGUUGAAGCACUGAGACUCUGUGCUGGAUUUGUUUACAGAUUUUUAUUUUUAUUUUUUUUAAUAUGCUGAAGUUGUCUGAAAAUGAAUUACAGGGAAUGAUUGUAUAUGACAGCCAUACAAGUAUAUUUUCUGAAUGAGGGUUAUGUUUAAAAUCUGUAGACACAGAAAGUCUAAAUGUACUCUGGACAUGGCGACAGUAUGUUGUUGUUUCAAUAUGAUUCUGUUCUGAAUAUUCAGAACGCAGCAAAUUUCAACAAGCCACAAAUGACGUUUCAGUGUUGUCAUUUUCAGCAGUCUUUCUUUACACUUCUUCGGUACAUGAAUGUGGUCACAUUCCCAGUUACAGCACAAGUGAUGGUUUUAGGUCUGACCUCAGAAAUCCAUUUAGAAGUAGCAAAUAGGAGACUAGUUACCGUAUUUUCCGGAAUAUAAGUCACAUCUGUUAAAAAACAUGCCCCUUGAAGAGGAAAAACCCAUCAUAUAUCAGUCACACUAGAGUAUAAUUUGCAACUUUUUGUUUUAUUAUAUUUGUUUUUUUUUGUUUUUUUUUUAUUUUCAUUUCUGUAAUUUUGAUUUUUUUAUGCAUUGUUGUAGUUUUUAU